AUGGGCGGGCUGGACCUCACCAACGCAAUAGAACGGACUCAACUGGACUUGAGUAACAACAACCUGGAAUUUCUCUCAGACCUCGGUGCUGGUAACGGAGGCACUGUUACAAAAGUGAAACAUAAGCCCACGGGUAUUCUUAUGGCGAAGAAGGUUGUCUUCAUCGACACGAAGCCAGAGACUCGGAAGCAGAUUUUGCGUGAGCUACAAAUCCUGCACGAGUGUCACUCAGAAUAUAUUGUUGGAUUCUACGGCGCCUAUCUCAGUGACGUGAAUAUUUACAUGUGCAUGGAGUACAUGGACGUUGGCUCCUUGGACUCUAUCUACUCCAAACAUGGUCCCAUCGAUGUGGCUGUGUGCGGCAAAAUUGUGGUCACAGUCAUUCAUGGCCUGUCGUACCUCUAUGAAUCAUUUCGGAUUAUCCACCGAGAUGUCAAACCCAGUAACAUUCUGGUGAAUCGCCGCUGCCAGAUCAAGCUCUGCGACUUUGGUGUAUCGGGCGAACUCAUCAACAGCAUUGCCGAUACCUUCGUGGGAACGAGCACCUAUAUGAGCCCUGAACGAAUCCAGGGAGCCCAGUAUUCCAUCAAGUCUGACGUGUGGUCCCUGGGUAUUACGAUGAUCGAGCUUGCUCACGGAUGCUUCCCCUUCGCGCUCGAUUAUCAGGAUGAUCCGGACGCCACGACCCGCGCUGCACCACCUGCUAAGGAAGUUCGGUCGUUGAGUAUUCUUGAGCUCCUUCAACACAUUGUGUUCGAGCCUCCUCCGCAACUCAAUGCAGACGCACAUUUCCCGCCCAGCAUGGUGGACUUUGUGAACCAGUGCCUAUGCAAGGACCCCCAGCUUCGGCCCACUCCUAUGGAUUUACGGCAACAUCCAUUUGUCCAGCAAUCUAUUCGGGACCCUGUGGACCUGCAGGCGUGGCUGCGCAGUCUGGGUUAUCUAGAAUCUCCGCCGUAG